ACGUUGUCGAUGUUUUUGUAAAGUUAUAUACUAUUAACAAGUUGAAUCUUUUUACUUCUAUUCUUUCAAAAUGAGCAAGCCAAUCACUCUUUGGGGCCAUGGUAAUACCUCCUAUCAAGACUCCCCCAAAAAGGAAAAAAAAGAAGAAAAAUCAGCUAACACGUCCUCCAGCCGGCGGACCAAACCCAUGGAAAGUAAUAAUCAUCCUCGAAGAACUCAACCUCAAAUACGACCACAAAAUGCUCGAAAUGUCCGACGUCAAAAAAGAGCCCUACGAGAAGAUCUGCGUCAACGGCCGCGUCCCCGCCAUCGAAGACCCCAACACGGGCAUCACCCUCUGGGAAUCCGCCGCCAUCAUCGAGUACCUCAUCGAGACGUACGGCCAGGACAAGGACUUGACUUUCACCAGUGGGCCUGAGAAGUUCCUCGUUAAGCAGUGGGUGUUCUUCCAGGCGAGUGGGCAGGGCCCUUAUUAUGGACAGGCGGGUUGGUUCGCGCAUUAUCAUCCUGAGAAACUGCCUUCUGCGAUUGAGAGGUAUAGGGAGCAUGUUAAGCGGGUGUUGGGUGUCUUGAAUAAGGCUUUGGAGGGGAAACAAUAUUUGGUUGGGGAGAAGUGGUGAGUCUCCAUUCAUUCCCUUUUUUGGAGCUGGAAUGUGUUUUCAGACGUCGAUGAUUCCGUGGCUGACCAAAGAAUAAUAGCACGAUUGCUGACCUUUCCUUCAUUGCUUGGGAUAUGAUGCUUCCAUGGAUGUUUGGUGAGGCGUGGGCAGGUUUGGAUGUCGAGAACAAGUUCCCCAACUACUUUGCUUGGAAUAAGAGAUUGUUGGAGCGACCUGCAGUCCAGGCAGCCGUCAAGGCCAAGGCUGCCGUAUCGAAAAUAUAAUGAGUAGAG